AAUAUCACAGAACACCAUAACCAGCUGAUACUGGCGUUGGCUUGUUUCGCGAGUGCCAAUACAAGACGCUGCCACUACUUACAAAAAAUAGUGCUGUUACAGGCCGGCUACUUCUGCUACUGCCCCGUUUUCUCGUUGCUUCUACAGAAUGUCUGCGGCAGCUUAUCGACAGCAACUCUCUAGCUUGGCAGUCGCUGGAGGUUCGCCUAAAGAUCAAGCAGAAAGGUAUAGAGCGGUUCUUGAGAGCAUUCUGAAGAAUUCUGGACAGGAACUCGUAGAAGGACUAAAAGUUUUCGUCGAAGCUAUUGUUAAUGAGAAUGUGAGCCUUGUGAUAUCUCGACAACUCCUUACUGAUGUUGGCAAUCACCUGUCUUCACUACCGGAUGAUGUUUCAAAAUGCGUUUCUCAUUUCACACUGGAUAAAGUCCAACCUCGUGUUGUGUCUUUUGAAGAACAGGUUGACUCGUGCUUGCCACUGUGUACUGCCUGGCCGCCCAUCGUCAAUCACUGUAGCUCUGCAUCAUCUGAAGAUUAUUUGGGUACCGCAGAGAACUUCACUGAGCCUGCAUUACCGGUAUCGGGGGUAGCGCCACCUGGACCUAUAAAACCACCGGCACUGCAUCAGCUCAUUGGGAUUUCCGGCCACAAGCAGCAUGGGCUAAGUUGUGUGUUUUACUGCCAUAGGUUGACUCGUGCUUGCCACCGUGUGCUGCCUGGCCACCCAUCAUCGAUCACCGAAGCUCUGCAUCAUCUGAAGAUUAUCUUGGCUCCGCAGCGAACUUCACUGAGCUUGCGUCGCCGGUAUCGGGGGGCAGUGCCACCUGUACCUAUAAAACCACGAGCACUGCAUCAGCUCGUUGGGAUUUGCGGCCACAAGCUGCAAGCAGUACAAGCCCUUACGGGUCUCGCAAGGGCUUGUCCUGCGAAACACAAGUAGCCAUUUUCAUUCAUGAUCUGCAUAUGAAUCUUGAUUGUAACAUUCAAACUGAAGCAAUUUUUCUGGACUUCGCAAAGGCUUUUGACAAAGUACCUCGCAAAUGCUUAUUACUACUAAAACUUUCCUAGUUAAAUUUACACCCUAAUGUAUUACAGUGGAUAAAAGAAUUUUUAGCACACCGCUCUCAGUUCGUCUAUCAAUAACCAAGCUUCUAAUUCCCUCCCAGUAACAUCAGGCAUCCCUCAAGGAUCUGUGCUUGGUCCCCUUCUAUUUUUGAUAUAUAUAAACGACUUACCCACACACGUUUCCUGUAACAUCCUAUUGUAUCUUCUUGGAGGCUGCGAUGAUCUAUCUCACCGAUGCCAUCCAGUUAUUGGAUCUGGUCGUUGAGUGUAUGAAUGAAUGAAUGUGUGUGGUUUAGUGGCGCAAGGGCCAGGUAUGGCCAAAGAGCGCCAUGCCAGUGUUUGUUAGUUCGCAGUGAAGUGAUGAAUUCUGAGAAGUAGAUGUGACGGGGCUGUAAAGGGGCCUAAAAGGCGCUGUAAAGUGCAUAAAAUCAACAUAUAGUAAGAUAAUGGCAAUUACUAGUGACGUGUACUAUGCACAUAAAAAAUGCUUUGCUAAAGAAUGAUAAUAUAUGCAAGAUAUGCAUAUGCAAGAAGCACUACUACCUGAACAGAGCCCUUGAAACACAAGGGCCUGGAGGCAUGUGCUAUACAGAACUACUAUCACAGCGGCAUCCUCUGGAGAGAAAAUGUGCUACGAAUGUAUUGGGCUAAAAACAUGUAACACAACUUCGUUCAAGAAACCGAGGACUGCUUUGGUGUUAAACAGUGGUUCUGCACCAAGAAACAUAAUGGGAUGAAGAGGGACAUGAUAUUGGUACGCUUGUGGAAAAUA